UUCAUAUGAAUGCAUAGAAUCGCAAUGUAAGAUGGGAAAUAAGAAGAUGUGGGAUAUUUUGGCAUUAAGCAUCAAUGACUCAAACGGACACCACGGCUCAGAUUUAAACAGAACCUAUCUUCCCGAGGAUUAUAUUUUGUGGAUUGCGAAUGAAAGGUUAUGUGACAUCAACAAACCAAUCAUUAUUAUUUUGAUACUUUUAAUCAUUUUCGGAUUAUUCGGAAAUUUCCUCGUUAUUUAUAUAUUUGGAUUUCGCUUACAGAAAUCUACCGCGCAUUUAUACAUUACAAGUAUAUCGACAUUUGAUUCAUUCACGUGUCUUUUAUUGAUAUUCGAGGUGUUUGAUAAACGCUUUCCGAUGUAUAGUGGCAACUAUCCUGAAAUAUGCAAAUUAGUGCGUUGCUUAGAAGUUUUCGCCAAUGGAUGCGCCAGUCUUAUAAUGUGCAGCAUUUCUGUUGAUCGCUACUACAUAGUUUAUAAACCGUUCAAGCGUCUUUCUAUUAGAACAGUAAGAAAAAGCAUACUAGGAAUCGUGAUAGGAAUGAUUGUCCUCAGCUGGCCAAUGGUACUGUUUCACGGACCGGAAACAGUUAAAACUAUCUAUCCCUCAAUAACAGGUCGAGAUUGUGCUGAUGACGAAUACUUUAAAGGAUCCGUCUAUCCGGGGAUUUACUUUCCCAUCGUAUUUGUCAUUAUACUAUCUACUAUUAUCGUGACUGUGGUGAUGUAUUGUUUAAUAUUUAUCAAAAUAUUUAAAUGGAAACACAAUACCAUUGGUGAGAGCAUGCCAACAGUCUCUGGUAAUCUCAGGAAAUCGUCCACUAUUAAUCUCAGAAAGUCUUCCAAAUCUUCAACAGACUCUGCCAGUCUUAGAAAAUCGCCCAAUGCUUUCAGCCAUACAAAUUCGUUUGCAACGGGAAAGCUGAAAGAUGAACAACUAAACAGAGAGAAUUCAUACACAGAUAUCUCAAGUAGCCAACCUGAAUUCACACCUGAAACAGAUACAAGUAAAAAAAGCUUCAACGUCAAUCUUCAAACUGAUAUGAUGACAGGUAAUGAUAUGCUUUCCAAUCGCGCCAAAAGUAUAUUGUUCCCUACAGUACUCAACAAGGAUAACAGCAAUUCCCCAAACCCCAGUGUUCUAAACUUAAGAGAACAACACGAAUGCACCAAAGGAAGCACGAGUACAGACUCCCUGAAGACACGUGGAAACAUUGCAAACCAAACUAAGAUACGUACGAGACACAAGGGCAGUUUUCUGAAACGAUCUCUCCGCAGAAGAAGCAGCAGCAGGGCUGGGGUUAGACUUAGCUCCACCACCAUCAUGUUUAGUCUGACAGCAUUGUUAUAUGUACUGAGUUAUAUUCCUACAAUAAUUGUGGAAAGUAUAAACGCCAUAAGCGGUAUCAAUGAGGAAAAGCUCUCGAUAUCCACACGGAAAGUCAUAGCAGUAUGCAAUGCAGCUUACUUCGUGAAUAUCGCCUUCAAUCCCAUUAUAUACGGACUAUUCAACAAGUUCUUUCGAGAUAAAGUAAGAGAUAUUACACUAGGCAAUACAAGACGAUCUAGGGUAUGA